AUGUGUCCUACUCCAGCCUCUCCAAAACCAGAAAAUCCCACUCAGGGAUCUCUUGCUCUAGCACCUACUAAUACAGCAACCCCCACUCCAGCACCACCUGCUCCUGUGCCUCAAAAUUCAGCUAAUGAUGCUUCAACAUCUUCUGCUCCAGCACCUCACAAUACAACUCCUAGCGCUCCAGUGCCUUCUCUUCCAGCACCUCCCAAUCCAGCAUUUCCCACUCCAGUGUCUCCUAUUCCAGCACCUCCGAACACAGCAACCCUUCCUCCAGCACCUCCUGCUCCUGUGCCUCAAAAUUCAGCUAAUGAUGCUUCAACAUCUUCUGCUCCAGCACCUCACAAUACAACUCCUAGCGCUCCAGUGCCUUCUCUUCCAGCACCUCCCAAUCCAGCAUUUCCCACUCCAGUGUCUCCUAUUCCAGCACCUCCGAACACAGCAACCCUCCCUCCAGCAACUCCUGCUCCUAGGAGGCGGUGCGGCGACCUCCUGGUGGAUUGGAUGGCUGGAGGACAGCGGGCCGCAGCCAGUGACCCGUGCAAAAACAAGCCGCUCUGCGCUGGGCCGGCCGGUGUGGAGUGGCAAGGAGAGGGGUGCGACGCUUCUGUCCCGUCGGCCGCCGGAGCGCCCGGAGCUUCAUGGAUAAUCAAUGGCGGCGGACAGCCCGGCUCCAGCUGGGGCAAUAACGGCGAGUGGGGGCAGAGACCCCCAUCCCCUUUCCACAGCGCUCUAAACCCCAACCCUUCCGGCGAGUCUCUGGCCUCGCCGCAGCCGCCGCAAACUCGCGAAUUUCCGAUUUCGGGGUCGCUGCGGAACGCCGGGUGGCCGAUACCUUCGAACGAGCUGAGGGUUGGAGGCGAUAACUAA